AUCUCCUUUGCAAGCUGCGGUGCGGGCGGCGACGUGACACAGACACACACUAAGCAAGCCAGCCUUGCCUGGUAUAUGCUUGCUGUAGUGUAGUAGAGAGAGGCUUGGGUUCGCGGGGAGAAAAAGUGCUGGUGUUUCUCUCCGGUGGGGGAAACAGCGCAGAGAGCCUGACUGAGCUUCGCCCUUCCUGGAGUGAGAGAAGUGCAAAGAGGAAAGAGUUACCUCCUUGUUCUCUCACCUGCUGGCAAACAAAUUGAGGAGGCUGGGAGCAGAAAAGCCUUUUUAGAGGAACCCCCCCCACCCGGAAAAGGAGGCAUAGGAAGAAGCCGGGCAGAGGUGCCGCUGCGGCCGCCAGCGCCGGACAGGGUGAGGAGGCGGCGGCAAGAGGACCGCCUCCCGCGCCUUCCUCCCCGCUGAAUUGCCUCCCUGCGGCCGGGUAGGAUGCGCCGUCACUGCCUCUGUGCUUCUGGUCGGAUGUUGGCCUCGAGGUAUGGAGACAUCUACACCCUCUGGCUGGGACAUACCCCUAUUGUUGUGCUGAACAACUUCGAAGCUGUGAAGGAGGCCCUGAUCACCCAUUCUGAGGAUUUUGCAGAGAGACCUCGCAACCCUUGCUUCGAGAAUCUAGUGGGCAGCGCAUGCGGAAUCAUUUUUUCCAAUGGCCACGCAUGGAAGCAGCAGAGGCGGUUCAGCCUGAUGACGCUGCGGAACCUGGGGCUGGGGAAGAGGAGUCUGGAGGGCUGCGUUCAGCAUCAAGCCACUUGCCUGGUCCAAGCCCUUGCACAAGAGAAAGGAAGACCUAUGGACCCCUACAGCUCCAUCCUUUCUUCUGUUGGCAAUUUGAUUGGAAAUGUGCUUUUUGGACAUUGGUUUUCCACAGCAGAUGACCGCUUCCACUGUCUGGUCAAAGGCUCAAAGGCAAUGGAAGAAUUCAGCAGUACCUUAUGUUCACAACUCUAUAAUGCCUUUCCUUCUGUGAUGAAGCACCUACAACCAAUCAUAGUCAGUACUAUGUCAGCACUGCGUCAUUGGAAGAAACUAGAACUAAUCAUCAGGGAGGAGAUCCAGAGUCAUCAGAGGAGCUGGGUGCCUGAGGAGCCUCGGGACUUCAUUGACUUAUACCUUGCUCAGCUAGAGAAGAACAAAGAUGAUCCCAACUCACCAUUUACAGAACUCAACAUGGUCCAGGUGAUUAUGGACCUCUUCAUCGCAGGCUUAGACACAUCCACCAUUGCCUUGUCCUGGGCACUUCUCUACAUGAUGACCUAUCCGGAGAUACAAGAACAAGUGCAAGAGGAGCUGAACACUGUCCUCGGUCCAUCCCAUGUCAUCAGCUAUGAGGACCGGAAAAUCCUGCCCUUCACCAAUGCAGUGAUACAUGAAACGCAGAGAGUCAGCAGCAUGACCGCAACAGGAGUGUUUCACAAGUGCACCAAGGAUACAAAAUUACAGGGAUUGCCCAUUAGCAAGGGCACCAUCAUUUUGCCAAACUUAUACUCCAUCCAUUAUGACCCGGACCACUGGGAGACACCACACAAGUUCAACCCAAGUCACUUCCUGGACAAGGAUGGGAAUUUCACCAAUAACGAGGCUUUCUUACCAUUCUCAGCAGGGGUCCGGGUGUGUUUGGGGGAGAAGUUCGCAAGAACAACCCUCUUCAUUUUCUUCACCAACCUGCUGCGGGCAUUCAGAUUUCAGAUGCCAGAAGGAGUGAAGGAAAUCAACACUGAGCCCAUUCUGGGGUCUGCCCUGCAACCACACCCAUUCAAAGCAUGUGCUAUUGCUCGCAAGACUGUGUUAAAUCCAGCAGCCUAGUUAUUUGGAUUGUGAACUAGUUGUAACAGGGACUUCUCUCUCUCUCUCUCUCUCUCUCUCUCUCUCUCUCUCUCUCUCUCUCUCUCUCUCUCAUAUUACUGCCAUGUAGUUUUUGGUACUAAUAUAAAUUAAUCUGAGGAUAGAUUCACACUACAAACUUAUAUCAGUUUUAUUCCAUUUUGGUUAUCAUAGUUUCUCCCAAAGAAUCAUAGGAAUUGUUAUUUGCUGAGGUGCUAUGAAUUUUCUGUUGAAGAUCCCUACGCCCUCCAUCCCCAUUCCUCCAUCUCACUCUGCCUCCGUGGCAGCUGGUAGGGAUGUGCACGAACUGGCAUUUGGGCCGGUUCGGUGGGGGGUGGGGUUACUUUUUAAGGGGCAGGGAGGGUGCCCUUACCUCUCAAGCACCAGCGGGGGGAAUGCAAUGGGUUGCGGGUAAGUGCACCCUCCCUGCUCCUUAAAGGUAAUCCCCCCUGCCGCCGAACCAGCCCAAACACUGGACUGCUGGACUAGUUUGUGCUGUAAAAGGGUCUCCGAACAGGUUCGUGCACAUCCCUACACUAGGGUUCAGAAGCUGGAGCAGCUUGAUUAGCAGCUGUUCCAGCCAGGAAAUUACAGCCAUCAGGAGGAGGGGCUGGAGAAAGCGCCUUGCUUGAGAGAGUUCUCUGGCUGCUGGUAAGUCCAAUAUUCUGCUGGAUCCUGUGUUUGUUUUUGUUUUGUGGGAGGGGGACCAGCUGCCUUUGCCCUGCCCCACAACUGCAGUUCUCUGGAGAUGGAAUGACUAUUAUACAAGUUCACAUCUAUAGUAUAGAUAUAUCCAGAGUCCUUCCACUGCUGUGCAGAAAUACAAAUUUUAUUUUGUAUUAUUAACAGUAAGAAACUGUAAAUGAAUCUAUCCCGCAGCCAAAAAAAGCGGGAGAGUAGUAUUUGUUUGCUACAGUGGCAAUGUCAAUUAAAUGACUAAAAUUGCAUUGGUUCUGCCAUCUUUCCAUGACACUGGCCAUUCCUUACACAUUUUACAUGGUUUCUUAAACUUGGAUCCUCAGAUGUUGUUGGAUUACAAUUCCUGUUUUGGCAGGGGAUGAUGGGAGUUGUAGUCCAAAAACUAGGGACUGAAGCCUGAGAACCCUGGUCUUAACAUAUUACUCAAGCACUUUCAGUUUCUUCUCUAGUUGAUUGUGGAGGCAAGGAUGCAUUGGGCAGAUCUCAAUAUACUUAUUACAAAAUGAUUCAGUGUGAUGAAGAAUAGGAUUCUAAAAAUGGCUUAUUUUCUAUAUAUUCAGAACUGAGAGAAGCUGUUCGGUUCUGCUGAAAUGGUGCUUCACCCAAAGUGGUUGAACAAAAUUUCUGGCAUAGGACUUGGGACACUCGGGGCUGGAUUAUGACAUGCUGAGGUCCUCAGCUAUGAUAAGCUUAAAAGUCCCAAGAGCCUUACAAAAUAUGGUACUUCAUUCACCCUACUCACUGGUCACACUGCUCACAUUUAAAGCAGUAUUCAUCUGAAGAGGUGAACACUGCCUGUAACCAUGAUGGCAGGCGUUGGUCUAAACCAGGCUCUGCUCUCAUCAAACUUCAAUAUAACUUAAUUAUUUCUGCACAGACGUAUAAACUCAAUCUGAUAAAUAAUUGGGUAGCCAUGUAUUUUUUUUGUAUUAGAAUGGUCAUUUCUGCUUUAGAACUUUUCCCUUUCUCCUUUAUUUUUCAAUCAAUUUUGUAGAAAUUUAGUCAUAGUUUGGUGUUCAGUGGCCUUUCAUAAUAUGAGGCCUUAAGCUGUAGCUUACUUAGCUUGUGCCUAAAUCUGGCACUGUGGACACUUGCUGGAAAGGGUGUGAGGAAGGGAACUUAUUUACACAUGUGGUGGUGGGCUUGUUUUCAGAUUAGGAGGUCAGCGGUGUAUGGAGGUUUUGCUAAUCAUUCAUAUUAACACUGGCUAUUUAUUGGUGCUCCUGAAGAACUCUUGCUUGGAAAAAUCCAGGCUCAUCAGAAGAUCAAGAUUUAGUUCAAUUUUUGGUUGUAGCUGUAAACAUUUGUAUAACAAAGAUUGGGAUAGGAAAUGUGAAGAGACGCUUGAUUAAACAUGGGAGGCAUCACAGUGAUGGUUUUAAAAAUGUUAUGUAAAUCAAGAAAUGCAAACAUACAAGUAGAUUUGCUUUUCAAAAAUAGAUGGUGUUCAUUUAUUAUUCCUUGGGGGAAAUAUGGGCACUUAUAUAGGUGUCCCCCCCACACCCCAACAAUGUAGCAGUGCAAGUUGAAAAACCUGAAACAUAUUUUGUGUCUUGUAAAUUUUCUAUGACAUUGAUAUGAUAAUAAAAAUUGUCUAUACAAAUUA